GCGCGGAGCGGGAUAUAUCAAGGAGCUCGGGAAAGCGCGCGCUCAGUGGAUCAGCGCCGGGAGACGCACUCGCGCGCACGAGGAUCUCAUCUUUCAUCUCUGACUGAAAAAUACCAAAGGAAUUCGACCGCUGCCUCCGAAAUCUCCUCCGUGCGGCUUGAGUCCCGCGCAUUAAUUUUUUUUUUUUGCAAAGUUUAAGUGCGUCAUUCGUCUAUUAGCGAACGAUUUAGUUUAUUUUCUACAGAAAUAACGAUCGUUUGUUAUCUGAGGAGCACUGCCGGUGUCCUGACGCACGAGCGGACGCGCGCGAGCUUAUCAGGAGGCGUCAAGUGCGAGCGCCGUUUAUUCUGAGUUGGAUAUCGCACUUGAGCGCACACUUUUGCCGGUAAUAUUGUGGCGAUCCGUGGAAGCAUGCGAAGCUGACAUAUUCCAGGAAUGGACCUCCAAAUGUUCCCAAAAACUACAGGUUUCGCAUUAAACAGCAGACUCUAUCUUCAUAAGCCCUUUCCCGGUGAAUAAACACUACAAAACACUGCCAAAAUGGACCCAAAAUGGAUGUUUAUGCCCCGUUCCAACAUGUCCCUCCCCGACCGCCUGCUCAACGACAGUUUCUCCCCCGGGAACGAGUCUGACUUUGGUCUGGAGAGUUACCCCAAUAAUACCACCCCCCCUGACCACUUCAACCAAACCAGCUCGGCCGUCAUCACGUUUGUGUACUUCGUCGUCUGCGCGGUGGGGCUCUGCGGGAACGCCCUGGUCAUUUACGUCAUCCUGCGCUACGCCAAGAUGAAGACCGUCACGAACAUCUACAUCCUGAACCUGGCCGUGGCGGACGUCCUGUGCAUGCUGAGCUUGCCUUUCAUCGCCAUUCAGCUCUCGCUGCUCCACUGGCCCUUCGGAUCCGCGAUAUGCCGCGUCGUCCUGACCGUGGACUCCAUGAACCAGUUCACCAGCAUCUUCUUCUUGACGGUCAUGAGCUUCGACCGAUACUUGGCCGUGGUGCAUCCGAUCAAAUCCACCAAAUGGCGGAAGCCGCGUAUGGCCAAAACCAUCAGUCUGGCCAUGUGGGGAGUUUCUCUGCUUGUUAACCUGCCUAUUAUGAUCUACAGCGGCGUGAACGCCAAACGGAACGAGGCCCGGACUUGUACCAUGUUGUGGCCGGAGCCCCAAAACACCUACUACACCAUUUUCAUCUUCUACACCUUCUUGUUGGGGUUUUUCGUACCACUGAUAGUCAUCUCCAUGUGCUAUCUGCUGAUCGUAAUAAAGGUGAAAUCCUCCGGCAUGCGAGUCGGCUCCACCAAACGAAAGCGCUCUGAGCGCAAAGUCACCCGCAUGGUGUCUAUCGUAGUAGUGGUGUUCGUCUUGUGCUGGUUACCUUUCUACGUGUUCAACGUGACCUCCGUGACCGGAACCGUUCCCACCACACCUGUGCUGAAGAGCACCUUUGACUUCGUCGUGGUGCUGGGUUACGCCAACAGCUGCGCCAACCCCAUCCUCUACGCCUUCUUGUCGGACAACUUCAAGAAGAGCUUCCAAAACGUCUUGUGUCUUAAAAGAGUCGGCGGCUUGGACGAGAUCGAGCGCAGCGACAGUCGGCAGGACAGGACUCGAAUGGUCAACGACGUCAUGACGGAAACGCAUAACGCCGCGCUGCUCAACGGAGACCUUCAGACCAGCAUCUGAGGAGGAGAUAAUAGUCUGAGAUUGGACGAUUGAAGAUCUGCGCUGGGAGAGAUUUAGUAUUUAACUAUAAUGCUGUCUGUGUGCGUCCCUUUGGGCGAGCUCGAUCUGACCGGUGUGUUUAAACGAAUGUCUUUUACUGUAAAUAACUCUAAUGUGGUGUCACUGUCUGAAGAAAUUCUGAAGCUGUUGAGUUUACAGUGAGGGUAUGUUCACUGCAGUGCCAAAACUGUCUUUAAAGUUCAAAGAUAAGUGGUGGCCCUCAUUGUAUAAACAUGAUUUUAUUUUGUUCGUGGAAACACAAGGCCCGGCUUGUUAGGGGCUUCUUGUUAUUCAAGGCUUUUUGUGAUGAUGAAUACAAAACAAGGCCACAUCGCUGAAUAGAAAAGGUCUCCGAAAUCUAAACAAAGAUGUACAUUUCGGUGGCAUAUUUAUUUAUUGUUAUGCUUAGAAUAUCUUGUUUACAUUUAACAAUCUAAUAUAUCCCUCGCCUCUGGUUCCCAUGAGUUUUAUUUUGGUAGAGGAAAUGUACAUAAUGCACGGUGGAGAGGGGGAGGAAUAAAUGGGCUCUGUUACAAAACCUUAUAAGCUUCCUACCUAAACAACGUUUUCAGGCUGCUCCAAAAAGAGUAGGCAGCAGCAUUUAAGACGCCUCCUCCUUCGCCAGGUUUCUAAGGAAGUAUUUAUACUGUAUCCUCCAUAAAAAGGCAAUCCUGAAAUGCACAGUGAAAAUAAGUGAUUACUUUAGCCAUAUUUUGCGAUUGUUGUUACUAGUUAACAUAUUCAGCCGAAUUCUCAAUGGGUUUAGGAGCGGGGUUAAGGGUAGGUCAAUCGUACAGAUUCGUAUUCGUACGUUUUAUCCAAAAAAUAGUACAGAUUAGCCACCUCAUAAAACACGUAGGAAUUAUUGUGGUUGGGAUUCUGCAAAAACUACGCUUUUAGUUAUUGCUUUAAAUGCUAGGUUUUGAAACAGAGCUCUAGCCUAAUCUUGAGUAUGGUUUAGAGCUUAAUCUUUAUCUGACCUGGGGAAAGUUUCUUUGUGUUAUGCCCUAAUUGCGCAAACGAAGUAUGAAGUAACCAUAUGGCCACUGGCUGUACUAAAUGAACAUUCAUCAGCUGGAAAAUGAGAUGCAAAGAGAUCCUCAUUCCUGCCGUUACACAAACAACCUUCGCUCUCUCGCCUCAGUCGCAGCAGUGAGGCUCAGACGGACGAAGACGGCCGAGGGCGUGCAGUUCACUCGUUUUAAGUAUUCAAACAAGUGCAUAGCUGCGCAUUUGUUCUUGUCAAACAUAUACCUCAUCAUGAAACGUAAGAUCCAUCAUUGUGACGAAUGCAUCCCGUCGUAAUGCUGAAGCGUCACUGCAACCGCUUUACGCUUGCGUUGCUUGGAGGACUUUAAAAACAGUUAUUUAUUCUACCGAGGCUGAAAAAACGACGCUGCAAGUGCCUUAAAUAAUCGUUUAAGAAGACACCGAAUGAGAGACGCAGACCGUGUGCAUUCAAUCACUGAGCUUUAACAAUAAACCCCGCACCUGAAUGUACAAUCAAUUCAUCUGCUAUUAUACGCCUGUAAAUAAGAUGCUAAUUAAAAAAACGCUGUAUAAACUAAUGUGUAUAUAUCGAGCUGGCACUGACUGAACGUUUCAGCUCUUGCCCGUUUGAGGGGUUUAGAUCAUUUUAACAUUUGCGAAGGGCUAAAACUGAAGCUGUUUGCUUUAGUCUGUCUGAUUUCUAAGGGCCAGAAUCAGAUCUGUUAUGCUGCAAGUGUUGAAAAGUGAACGAGUUCACGUUUAGAAGCGCACGCUGCUUUUUUUGAAAACAGACAUAUUUUAAAACCUGGGGAAGUGUUGAUGACAGCUAAGAGGUUAUCGCGGUGUUCGUCGAGUACUUUGAGUUCAGUUCAAUGUGCCUUUGACCGUCAGGCAGAAUAGGGUGUGUGUUAGUGUGUCAUGUUCUAGUGUUGCCUAGAGUCUUAGUCUGAUGGCGUGGGUACAAUAUAGCAUUACCUUUAUAUGAAUAAUACAUUUCAAAGAUGUCCAUCGUUCAUCGCACCAAAUGUCUGUGUUAUCAAAAAAAUAUUUCACCCAAAAAUGAAUAUUUGUGAUAUGUUGAUGAAAAAUGUAGCAUGGCGUCACUUGCUUAGCAAUCGAUGCUCUGCAGCGAAUGGGUGCCGUCGGAAUGAGAGUCCAAACGGAUAAAAACAUCACAAAUAAAUCGCUCCGGUCCUUCGGUUAACAUCUUAAGCCAAAACAAAUCCAUUGUUAAUAAGUUUUUAAUUAAAAUACGAAUCCAUAAUAACGUUUCUCACGUUCAAAAUCCACCAAAAUGUUUGUUUAGAGCUGUAUCGACCGGGUUUUAUCUGUGCAGAUUUCUCUCCUGAUUCAGAGCAGACCACUGUUUGGUUUGAAGAUUCGUGUUUUUUUUUUGAUUAUCUGUGGAUUAUCGCGACGUCUGUCUCGGCUGUUUGGACUCUUAUUGCGACGGCACCCAUUCGCUGCGGAGCACACACCGGUGACGCAAUGCAACACUUGUCUGAAUCUGAUGAAGAAAUGAACUCAUCAGCUUCUCGGUUGGCCCGAGGGUGAGCACAUUUUCAUGUUCACUCAAUGACUCAUUCCUCACCUUCUUCAAUAGCUGCUCGAACGAAGGCUGUGUAUUGUGUGCCGCCUUUCUCUUAAAGCGUGCGUGAGUGUCACCAUAAGGAUGUAGCGUAGCUCAAUGUCAGGCUGUUCUGAGAUGUGCCUGUCAUUACCCUCGUUGCUAAGCUCCCCCAGCUCCAUUUUUUGCCCAGUUAUUUAUUGGAAAGAUUCAAUUUAUCACAUCCCACCCAGGCAGAAUAAUCCUCGGGUCUAAUUAAAAGAUUCAUCAAACGCUCUUAUUGGCAGGUCAUUUAGGGAGAAAGCACGAUUGCGUUUUAAUUAAAUUGUACAAAGGCGCAAACCCAUUUUAAAUGUGUCUUUCUUUAAGUAGAGAAGGUCUCGUUUGUUGACACGAGUUAAUGCAUCAUCUAACAUAGCCUACCGAUUUAUUUAUUAGUAUGAAUUAAUGCAUUAACAGAAACAGUUAUUUGUGUUUGUGUUAGUUCACUAAUGCGUACACGACGUUUAAUUUAAAAGCGUAUUGGUUAAUGUUGAAAUUAACUAGAAGAGUAAGUGGUGCACAUUUAUCAUAAGAAUUGCUUUUAAACCUGUACCAAAAUAUAAGAUAUUGCAAAUGACCAAACUGUAAUCUGUAAUAUUAUUUCAUUAGUGAGAUGCAACCAAGCGCUAAGGUGAUAUAUGUAUGCAUUUGUUUAAAAGUGUCUGGCAGUGACUUUCGCUGGGAAAUGAUCAUUUUAAAUAAUUCCCGGAAAUCUGUGAGUCAAAUCUACCCUUCAGCACAACUGACUAACUGUAAUGACACAUGAGAAAAUCUUGAAAUAUGAAGAAGUCUGAAAGCACGCGCCCCUCCACUUUUUUUCGAAUUGUUGCAAAAUGUCUCCCUCUGUUGUCCAGUUUGGCUUUUUGUUUUAUAUUUCAAAAGUGAAGGACUGUGGACUUGUGCUCGAGACUUCCUGUCUUUUGGCUCGUGCGUGGAUUACGCAUUAUCUUCAUGACGUGUAAUUAUUGCCAGUUGUUGAGAAACGUGAUCCGCCAACCUUUUUCAGUGUUGUUAUUGACAAAUAGAAAAAUGCAUUACGUUCAUUUAUCACAUAAAUAAAGGCUAGUGUGAACAA